AUGGGGAACUGCUGCACAGGCUCUGCAAAGUGCGCCAAUGCAUCCACUCCAUUUGAAUCAAAGGUCACAAGCAGGAGCACCGCGUCCAAUAACAGUAACUCGACGACGACCGCAAAUAAGCUAGCGUCGCGCCGCAGCAUCGGCAGCUCGUCGGCCUUGUCCGGGCAGAUAGCGGGCUCCGACGUGCAGGUGCAGGCGGCGAGCGCGGGGACCGGUGCCGGGGCCGGGCUCAAGUCGUUCAGCAUGAGCGAGCUCCGCGCGGCGACCAAGAACUUCGGGUCCACGUCGUACCUGGGCGAGGGCGGGUUCGGGUGCGUGUACAAGGGGUGGAUCGACGAGGCGACGCUGGCGCCGACGAGACCCGGCGUCGGCCGGAUGGUGGCCAUCAAGAAGCUCAAGGAGGAGAGCUUCCAGGGCCACCGGGAGUGGCUGGCCGAGGUCACCUACCUGGGCCAGCUCCACCACGCCAACCUCGUCACCCUCGUCGGCUACUGCUCCGACUCCGGCGCCAACAAGCUGCUGGUGUACGAGUACGUGCUCCGCGGCAGCCUGGAGAACCACCUCUUCCGCCGCGCCACGCAGCCGCUGUCGUGGCCCAUGCGCGUCUCCAUCGCCAUCGACGUCGCGCGCGGCCUGGCGUUCCUGCACUCCCGCGACGACAGCCCCGUCAUCUUCCGCGACCUCAAGUCCUCCAACGUCCUCCUCGACUCCGACUACAGGGCCAAGCUGUCGGACUUCGGGCUGGCCAGGAACGGGCCGACGGGGGACAAGAGCCACGUCUCCACGCGCGUCGUGGGGACCCGGGGCUACGCCGCGCCGGAGUACAUCGUCACGGGCCACCUGUCGACCAAGAGCGACGUGUACAGCUUCGGCGUCGUGCUGCUGGAGCUCAUGACGGGGCGGCGCGCCGUGGACGACGCCCGUGGCGGGUCGGCGGCGACGCUGGUGGACUGGGCGUACCCGCAGCUCGGGGAUCGCCGGAAGGUGAUCCGGAUCAUGGACACCAGGCUAGGCGGGCAGUACCCCAAGAAGCAGGCGCAGGAGGUGGCCGCGCUCGCGCUGCGCUGCCUCCAGAACGACCCCAAGAACCGCCCCGCCAUGGCCGACGCCGUCCUGCCGGAGCUCGAGCAGCUGCAGCAGCACAACAGCCACAAGUCCUCCUCCUACACCUCGUCGACGCCAGCGCCGGUGCACGGACAACCAGGACGCCGCCACUCAAAGUCCAAGAGCUAG